AUGUCAGGCAAAAGGAAUUACAGCGACGACGAAGAGGACGACACCUUCUUCUACCGCUACUCCUCCGCCGCGCCUCCGCCGCCUCCAUCCACAUCGAAACCCUCCCGCGGUAGCGGAGGAAGCUCAGGCAGCGGCGGAUUAGCCCCCUCAAAAUCGACUGUCUACGUCAGCAACGUCGACUACAACCUCACCAAUUCCGAUCUCCACACCAUCUUCUCCACCUUCGGGAAGGUCGCCAAGGUCACUGUCCUCAAGGACCGCGCCACGCGCCGGAGCAAGGGCGUGGCCUUCGUCCUAUUCGUCAGCCGCGACGACGCCGCCAAGGCCGCCAGGGGUAUGGACGGGAAGAUACUCAACGGCCGGACCCUACGCGCCUCGAUCGCCGCCGACAACGGCCGCGCGGCAGAGUUCAUCCGGAAGAAGGUGUACAAGGACAAGAGCAGGUGCUACGAGUGCGGCGAGGAAGGGCACCUCUCGUACGAGUGCCCGAGGAACUUUCUCGGCCCCAGGGAGCGGCCUGUGGAGAAGAAAGGGCGGAGGAGCGGCGGCGGUGGUGGUGGAGGUGGUAAUUGGGGAGGAAUUGGAGGCAAGAGCAGUGAGUAUGGUCCACCGGAUGAUGAGGAAGAUGGAGAUGGUGGUGAUUUGGAGACUGAUAAUUGGGCGUCGGUCGUGGAUGGAGAAGAUGCUGCUCAGGAGAGGCUGUUGAAGGUUGAUAGAGAGAAAGGAGGUGUGAAGAAGGAGAAGAGGGAGAAGAGGAAAGGGUAUUUUAGUGAUGAGAGUGAUGAGGAUGAUUGA